CGCUUUCAAAAUUUUUUUUCUUUUUUUCCUAUAAAAACCCAAAACCCCGACAACCAAAUCAAAUUCCCUUCUCCCGAUUCCUUUCUAUAUGUAGGAAACGACCCCCGAAAAAGGAAAACCCUAGAGAAAAAAUCAUUUCUUUUUCUGAUUCGACCAAAAAAAUUUCCCAAAAUGUUCAACAUUCAAGAAUCGAUUCUUCCAAUGAUAGAUAUUGGACGAGGAGAUUCAUCCAAGAAGAGGUCGUUAUAUCAUCUUCCACCAGGUUGUCGAUUUUACCCUUCCGAGGAGGAGCUUUUUAACCACUAUCUCACCGGGAAAAACGGGUCCGUUGCCGCCGAUCGCGCUGAUGUGUACAGCUACGAUUUAAUCAGGGAGCUCAAUUUGUACGAUUACGACCCGUCAGACUUGCCGGAGGCCGUGUGCUUUAUGCACGGAUAUCGAGGGAGGAAAAGGCACUGGUUUUGCUACACGGAGAGCAAAGGAGGGAGGAGGAAGAGGAGGGCAAAGGGAGGGUUUUGGAGGAGGAUGGGAAAAGUCAGGGAUGUGUUUGAUGGAGGGAAUGCAGUGUUGGGCACUAGAACUAAAUUUGUAUUUUAUGAGGUUAAUUCAGUUAAGGCAGCAGUUAGGACUCCUUGGAUCAUGUACGAAUAUGCCCUCCUUCACCAUCCCGAGGCUUCUUUUGUCCUAUGCCGAGUAGUUGUCAAAUCUCGUGCUGGAAAUAGUGUAUCGGAGAAUGUUUUAAGUUCUUGUGCAGAAGAAAGUGUUUCAGCUGUGGGUCGCAUUGGUAUUCAGCACGAGGGAUUUCUUACAACUGAAACUGUUGAAACUAAAAUCAAUUGUGAUGACUUCACUAAAGAGCUAGACGAUCCAAUAGUGACUAGACCUAUUUCUGUUGCCAGUUUUGAGUUUCCUUCAGCCAUCCCAAGAGACCUGCCCAUUGAUCUGGUGGGUUCUUGGCAAACUACCAUUGAAUUACUGUCAAUUGUAGAAGAAGAUUUCAUAGAGUUGGAAGAUCUCGAGCAAUGAUUGUCCAUGAUACACCAUAAAUCAAAUAGGAGCAGUGUCCAUGACACACCAUAAAUCAAAUAGGAGCAGUUACCUUGUCAGAGGUUUAAGUGCUCAGAAAUAGCAUAAGAUUUAUAUAUUCAAGAACCUAAUAGGAAAGAAGAAAUUUUCAAAUAUGAAUUGAGAGAAACGUAAUGGCAGGCUCACACACCUUCAUAAGGUCAUUUCUUGUUCCUGUUUUGGUGGUAAGUCUUCCGACCUAAAAUAUUCAUGAAAGAUUUAGUAAAUUUAGCUUUUGGUUCGCCAUGCAGGCUGCAUUUAUGUGCCUAAUGUCAGGAGUUUUGCUUGAGAAUAAUUUAAGCUAUGAAGAUGCUAUGCAUCAGAAGAAUCAAAUUAUCAGGAAUUUUACCUUCAGAAUGGUGAAGAAUCUGGCACAUUUCUUUCAGAAAGUAUGUGGUACAUUGGACGAUCAGAUAAAUUUCAACAUCAGGUGCUUCACCUGGCUACCAAGUUCUCUGGUUUCUCUGAUGAUGAUGAUGAUGAUGGGUUGAGAAUUUUUUUCCACUCACUUCUCAAAUGUGUUCACUUGGCGACGUUUUUCUUCCCCUAGGCUGUUCUAUAGCGUGUUUCUGAACUUUCUCAUUGCAGAGGUGCACAAACCUGUAUAAAGAAUGCAGAUUCCCUUUCAAAUCUUUUUGGCCUCCCCUUCGGAAAGCCUUUCUUUCUUUAUCGUGUUUGUAAUAUACUUUGAACUCACUGCUGUGGUAGAUAAAUUAACUAGACUGUUGGACCUAAAUUAAUUAGGUUGAAACUGUUUUGAAUUGUAUGUUUACUGUUCUUUCCUUACUGGCAUUGACAGUUGGUAGGGAAAACUUGCAGCUGUUUUUAUUAUGUUAUCAUCAAUGUAUUUAACCACAACCAUUUAAAUUUGUGAUUCCAUAUUUUGAUAACACGAAAUAAUACUUUGAUUCUUAAAGUGGAAGAAUUGGGCAUUGUUGCCCCAACUCAGUGCUCUCCCCUUCCUUUUUCUAAUAAUCUGGAUGAGACGAAUGUAAUUAAUUAAUAAAGAAUGUGAGUGGUUUCUUACGUUGUUUUUUUUUGUUAUAACUUUUCUUCCCUUGUUGAACAGAAUUUGGAUAAACUUUGGGCAUUUUCAU